AUGUCAAACCAUGUUCAUAAAUCACAUCACAAGGUCCCGACGUUGGAUGUGUUUUUCUUAUGGACCCUCAUCACACCAGACAUCCAUGUGGACAUCCCUUUUCUUUUGGCAGUGUUUCUAUCAAUCCAGGCGGGAAAAGAUCGUCGCGUCUAUCCUUUAUAUGGCAAAAUAUUAAUCACCUGGAUUGCACGGUCUUUUGGCAUUCUUGACAAGCGUAAAGCCAUGUUCUUGACAAUCGAGCUUCAAACAACUUGUUCUCCUCUUCUGUAUAAACGGGCUCAUAUUGUUGUUGAUAAUGGGUUGGGUAAUUUUUCUAUUCCUAAUGAUACUCCCCGCAACCAACCCAGGAGGCGGGUGAGACCGAGAGGUGGAGAAGCAGAUAAAGAUGAACCACCGAUGAUCCCAAUCGAGGAUGAGCUCCCAGUGGAUCCAUACAAUAUGGCUUUGAGGCAAUUCCAAGUCAACUUGGCACGAGGUGUCAACUAUACGAAUAUGAGUUUGCAUUUCAUGAUGUAA